AUGGAUGGCAAUGUCCAGCAAUAUGGCUUCCCCAGCCUUGAGACGCUCUUAAAAUCGUAUCCUGAUACCUUCCGACUCGAAGGUAAGAAGUGGUAUGGAAAAGUGACGAAAGAGAACGAAGAUCUUGUUCGAUCUAUGGCCACUGAAAAGCCGAGAAAAAGAGAUAGUUUCAGUGCUUCUAAUAGAGGACCUAACCGCGUAAACUCUGAUUUCGAAAAGAAAUGUAGAAUUCAAGAAAACAGGCAGCCCUUAGAGGCUGAGAGCAAGUGUGGCGAUUAUAAGAAGUCGGACGAGGUUGAGUCUGGUAAAAAGUCGUCCAGUUAUGCCUCAAAGAAACCUCCGUCGACAAACCGCGUAGCUGCGUUUUCACAUUUUGAUAGGAGUCCGUAUUUCAUGGCUCCGUCCGGAUUCGAAAAUCAGCGUCCAUUCCAUCCAAAGAGGGAUAGAUAUACAUUCGAGAGAAGGAUAAAACCCAAGUGCUGUCGAAAUAUGGCAUCGGGUCGCAAUGUUGCUCCGUUGUGUUCACCUGGUCUUAAUAUUAAUGUCGAUCAAAACCAGCUAAGUCGCCGUUUCUCUCCAACUUCGAAUGAAAAUCAUAUGCAUAGUGAAGAGAACGACACAAGCGAUUGGUCAAAAGAAAUGAGGAGUGUCUUAAACUCAAUUGCUCCUUCUGGUUUCAAGAAUCAACAUGCGUCAUUCACAGCCAGAGGUGGAUAUACACUCAAGAGAAAGAUGAAACACAAGUUCUUUUGCAAUGUCUCGUCGGGUGGCAACGUUGCUCGGUUAUAUCCAUCUGGUCGUAAUGUUAAUGACAAUCAAAACCAACCGCGUCAUUGUUCGGUUCCAACUUCGAAUGAAAAUCUCAUGCAUAAUGAAGAGAACGACACAAGCGAUUAUCCAAAAGAAAUUAGGAGCGGAGAGCCCUGCACUGACACAUCUGAGUGGGAUCGAUUCGAUCAUACUCGCCCUCCAGACAAAGCUGUGCGGAAUGCUCUGCGUGAAUAUUUGAAUGGGCGAAAUUGCGAAGAAAGCGAAGAGUUGAAAACUGCUAAAGAAGGAUGUCCAAGACCAGAAGGCACUUUUUGCGUCAUCGUCGUUGGUGACGCAUUUCUCGCACAGGAAAUUGCCAAGGUGUUUGAAGAAGUGAUAUCGGAGUUGACGGUGCAUUUCGUCGAUUUGUUGGCAAUACUUCUGUGCCGUAAUGGUUUCGUCCGGAUUCAAAAAGUUGUGAUGAAUCAGCCAGGUUGUAGAUCACCGAGCAGUCGCCGUAACCCUUUUGGUGGAAUUUCGGAUUAG